GGUAUUACUCCAAUGCUGCAGCUGAUCCGUCACAUUACGGAGGAUCCUAACGAUGACACAAAAUGUUCUCUUAUCUUUGCUAAUCAGACUGAAGAUGACAUUCUGCUGCGUGCAGAACUUGAGGCUGCAGCCAAGAGCCACCCAAAUCAGUUUAAGCUGUGGUACACUCUGGACCGCCCCCCUCAAGGCUGGAAGUACAGCUCUGGCUUUGUCACGGCAGACAUGAUAAAGAAGCACUUGCCAUCUCCUUCUGAUAAUCCACUUGUGCUAAUGUGCGGACCCCCUCCAAUGAUCCAGUUUGCCUGUCAGGACAACCUGGCCAAGCUUGGCUACCUUGAAGACAGAAGGUUUGCCUACUAA